AUGGAAAUGAAGGUCAAUACUUUGCAAAGGAAAUACGACAAGCUUAAGGACAGAAUUGCAUACAUGUAUUAUGAAAUCCUAAAAACUCAGGAUAAAAAGGAACUUUAUAGGAAGGAUAUUCUCAGACUUAAGGCAAUGAUUGAAUCCCAUCUGAAGCAUUCCAAGAAUAAAGAUGCAAUCAAGUUAUCCAGUGAUGAUUUAUGGGCUUGCAAGUCUGAUAGCCUUUCAGAUAUUUGUGAUGAUGACUCUUCAUCCAUUGAUUCAGAUAUAUUGGAUCAUCCCAUCCAGGUUAUUGGCACUAGACCUCCAACUCUAGGGCUAUCCCUUAGUAGAGGAUUGACUAAAUCCUAUUCCGAAGAGCCUAAAAAGAGAAAACGUAAGGAAGCCAGUAAGAACAUGGAAUAAGUGCUA